GAUCACCACUCAUGAGGAGCCCCCAAAACUCAGAGAAUGGCGGGAAAACGAGUGCCCUUCGGAGGGAAACUCAUUAAUCAUCAAUUCAUCAUCUUAUUCACGGUUUUUUAUUUAUUUUAUUAAAUUCUUAUCAUUUCCAUCAUCUAUUAUUCUCGUCCUUCUAUUUCUGCCAGAGAAGAGAAACAAGCAUGGCACAAAUCGAAACCCUAGGCAUACUGGAAGAGAUCGAGCCCCUUGUCUCCGACAAACUUCAAGUGGUUUCCUACAAGUGGCUGAGUCGCAAUUAUUUGGUGUCAUCAAAUACCGCAAAGAGGUUGCUUCAGGAGUUUGUUGAAAAACACAGAAGUGGGUUGGAAGUGGUAUAUACUUUGUCUGGCUGGUUGAAGGGUGAUCCUCCAAAUUACCAUAUAAGGCUUGUUUCUAGCCCUAAACUUGCAGAAGCCAAACAAGAAUUUGAUGGAAAUUGUUCAGUUCAGGUUUAUAGUGUGCAAGCUUGCAUUCCAAAGGAUCCAGCUGCACUUUGGAAUGCCGAAUUUGUACAAGCUGAAGAGCUCUUUAAGCAGCACUUUACAGUUGACAAUUGCUUGAGAGAUAACAGGUUCUGUGGGAUUUCCAGUUCCUUUGUCCAGCGGAAUGUGGAGGGAACACCUGGCACGAUUGCAAAUCCACUGACCAAAACUGCUGGAGGCCUUGGGCAAUCCAAAAGUAGUUCCGUGUAUCAAAAUACCACGGUUCCUCAACCUCAGCAAGAUAAAGUACAGCAUUCUAGCCAAAAAGUUGGUCUGCAGUCUCCCAACGUGGUAAAAGAUAUUGAAAGUGAAAUCACUGGCACAGGAGUUCGUGGUCAGAGUACCAAGCCUGGAGAUAAAGAAAAAGUUCCUCCAUUGCCUGCUGGGAAAAAGGUCCAGAAUGGUAAAAGCGCUUCUGACACUGGAGGUUCAUUGGCUAAUUUUUGGGGCCGGGCAUCUGCAAAGUCAAAGCCUAGUGUCCCUGCAGAAGAUAACAAUGUCAUUGCAAAUCUGACAGUAGCUAAUGCGGAAGCUCAAAUAAGUGCUCGUGAAGCUCUCGAGGUUGGCAUCAGUGAUGAUGAUGGUGAAGACAUCAAUUUUAAGAGAGCUUCCAAUGGUGAAGGCAGUAGAAAAAGGAGGGUUAUUUUUGAUUUAUCAGAUGAAGAUGAAUAUGAAGAUGCAGUCAAUUUAGCAUCACCAGAUAUUCCAAAGGGUCAAUCAUCUCUAGCUCAGAAACAAAGCACCAAAAUUUUGGUUUCAGAGAAGGAAAUAGAAAAUAAACCAAAGGUCAAGGAAGAGAUGGUUACUGACAAAGAAUCUAACCAACCACUGAGAGAGGAUCCUUCAGUUAUCAGCAAGGGUGCAAAUGCUGGGACUUCCUCUCUAGAGAAAGUACAAAGCUGUAUUCCAGAAAGCGAUUUAAAUAAGGAGGAUAAAGCGAAACUUGCUGUUCCAAAUUCCCCAAAAAGGAGAAAAGUGUUGAAGACACGGAUUGACGAGCGGGGAAGAGAAGUAACUGAGGUAAUCUGGGAUGAUGAAGAGAUAGAAGCAAAGAAAGCUGACAGUAGUACAACGAAGAAAUCUGACAGCUCUACAUUCAGCAAUACUGUUAACAGGCCUCCUGCAGCUAAGAAGUCACCAGCGAUAGGAAACACUGCUCCAUCUAAUCCAACAGGCAAAGCAGGAAACAAGAAAGCAGGGAACUUGAAAGAUCCUAAGCAAGGCAACAUUCUUUCAUUCUUCAAGAAGGUUUGAGGAGACCUAUUAGAAAUUGUAGCUGUGAAUAGAGAGCAGAGCUGUUUAAUUGAUGGUUCUUCAAAAGCUAGUCUUUAUGCAAUUGUAAGGUUUUCAAGAUAUUUCAAUCUUGGCGGUUUCUUUUGGGCAGGAGGUUGUUGCUACGGCAACUUGUUCUUUUGCUUAAGGGAGAAAAUUUAAUCCUUUUUGCUU